AUGAUGAAAAGUUUUGUGUUCUAUGCGUCACACAUUUCCUCUGGAAAGCCCUGCCCCAUGCAUGUAGACUUACCCAAAGAGGGGAAGCUUUGCAUGUCUUCCUCAAAUAUCUGGGACAGCUCUUUGCUUGACUAUGAAACCUUGCACAAGACACUGAAUCUUUAUCUUUGGCUCUCUAUCCGAUAUCCGGCUGUCUUUGUCCAGAGAAAGGAGGCGCUCGAGAUUUCGAAAAAAAUCGAAGAGCUGAUUAUGGACUCGCUUAUUUCAAUGUCAGAAAUUGCCAUUAGCUCAAGAUCCCAUCAAAAGCCGUCCAAAAGCCUGCUAAAAAGCACAAAGUCUGCAAAUUUUGGGUGA